AUUUGAAAGCACUUAGUCCGUUGCACAAAAGUGUGUCCGCCAGACAGAACUGUGCUGUGAUGAAGAAGGUGUAAAACUCAAAAUGAAAAGUCUUUCGUUUUUUGCACUCAUAGCGUUGCUAUGGCAAUACAUUCGAGCUCAGCAAAGGGGUCUGUUUCCUGCAGUGCUGAAUCUUGCCUCAAUGGCUGAGAUCAGCACUAAUGCCACAUGUGGUGAAAGAGGUCCUGAAAUGUACUGCAAGUUGGUGGAGCAUGUCCCCGGGCAGCCAGUGAGAAAUCCCCAGUGCCGUGUCUGUAACUUAGCCAGCAACAGACCAUAUGAGCGGCACCCCAUAACAUACGCCAUUGAUGGCACAAACCGAUGGUGGCAAAGUCCCAGCAUCCAGAACGGAAUGGAGUACCACUAUGUUACUAUCACCUUAGAUCUUAAACAGGUUUUCCAGAUUGCAUAUGUAAUAAUAAAGGCUGCUAAUUCUCCUCGACCUGGAAAUUGGGUAUUGGAACGCUCAUUGGAUGGUGUUGCCUUUACACCCUGGCAGUAUUAUGCAAUUACUGAGACAGAAUGCCUUACCCGCUUCAAUAUAGUGCCAAGAACAGGACCGCCAUCCUAUACCAAAGAUGACGAAGUAAUAUGCACCUCCUUUUAUUCAAAGAUCCACCCCCUGGAGAAUGGAGAGAUUCACACUUCUCUUAUCAAUGGUAGGCCCAGUGCUGAUGACCCAUCCCCUGUCCUGUUGAACUUUACUUCUGCCCGGUACAUUCGACUUUCGUUUCAGCGAAUAAGGACACUAAAUGCAGACUUAAUGACUCUAGCAUACAAUGAUCCUUUGGAUAUUGAUCCAAUUGUUACUAGAAGGUAUUACUAUUCAAUUAAAGACAUAUCUGUGGGUGGAAUGUGUAUCUGCUAUGGGCAUGCAAAAGCUUGCCCCUUCCACCGUGAGACUAAGAAAUUUAGCUGUGAAUGUGAACACAACACCUGUGGAGAAAGCUGUGAUCGUUGCUGUCCUGGCUACAACCAACAGCCCUGGAUGGCCGGGACUUUUCUAACACGGCAUGUUUGUGAAAAAUGCAAUUGCCAUGGGAAGUCAGAAGAGUGCUACUACAAUCAAACUAUAGCUGAGAGAAAGCUCAGUCUGAAUGUCAAUGGGGAGUAUGAAGGUGGUGGCGUGUGUCUGAAAUGUGUCAACAACACAUCUGGAAUAAACUGUGAGACUUGUGUUGAUGGAUACUUUAGACCAGAAGGGAUCACCCCUGAAGACCCUGAUCCCUGUGUGCCUUGUUCCUGUGAUCCUUCUGGGUCUUUAAAUGAUAUAUGCAUAAAAGAUACAACAAAAGCUGAAGGAGAUCUCAAUGCAGGCUCCUGCUAUUGCAAGCCUGGCUAUAGUGGCGAACAAUGCGACAGAUGUGCUUUUGGUUACAUUGGCUUUCCGUCCUGCAUCCUCUGCAACUGCAGCACUGAAGGGAGCCUGAAUGAAAAUCCUUGUGAAGAGCCAUGCAUCUGCAAGGACAAUGUUGAAGGAGAGAACUGCGACCGCUGCAAAGUGGGGUUUUUUAAUCUCCAGGGUGGGAAUCGCAGAGGCUGUGAGAAGUGUUACUGCUCGGGUGUUGCAAGUGAAUGCAGAGAUUCCCAUUGGACCUACAUGGAUACGACAGACAUGUCUGGGUGGUUUCUGACUGGCCAGACAGGUGGAGAGAAGGUCUGGCCUCUUCACAGUGCGUAUGCUGAGUCUCAGGAGCUCAGUGUGAAUAACGAGGAUGCCAGACAAGUGUUGCCACCUCUGUAUUAUUGGAGUGCACCUGCACCAUAUUUAGGAAAUAAGUUAGCAGCUUAUGGAGGAAAGCUAGUUUAUACAGUCUCUUAUGACUCAGUGGAAGUGGGUGAAGUUAUCAGCACCACAUCUGAUCCGGAUGUUAUUAUCGAGGGCAAUGGGAUAAAAAUUAUUGACAGCCAAUUUGGAAUCCAGCUGUACCCAUUUGGAAAAAGCAGGAAAGUAAUUGUGCUGCAGCCUGAAGAUUUUCAACAUCACAAAACAGGCUUGCCUGUCAGUAAGAAGGAUUUCGUGACGGUUCUGACAAAUGUGACUCGUCUUCUCAUUAGAGCCUCCUACACCAAUGGAAACAACGCCAUCUAUAGGCUAAGUUCUGUCAGUCUUGAAGUGGCCACUCCAUAUUCAAGAAGUGGACCUGUGGCAUCAGCUGUUGAAAUGUGUCUCUGUCCUCCUGGGUACAGCGGCACGUCCUGUGAACAGAAACUUAAAUCCGGUUCACGCUUCAAUAAAAGUGAGUUAUGCGCUGCUGGUUUUCGGCGGGUUAACAGUACGGUGUACAAGGGGCUUUGUGAACCCUGCCAGUGCUUUGGUCACUCAGAUCACUGUGAUGAUUUCACUGGCAAGUGUCUGGGCUGCAAAGACCACACUACUGGCCCAUUCUGCAGUAUCUGCAAACCUGGAUUUUAUGGUGAUCCUACAGUGGGAACAACCAACGACUGUCGUCCCUGUGCUUGUCCACUGCAGAGCCCUUCAAAUAAUUUCAGUCCCACAUGCUUUUUGGACACAAAAGGAGAGCUGAUAUGUGACCAAUGUCAAACUGGAUACACAGGGCCACGCUGUGACAGGUGCUCCAGUGGUUACUAUGGCCGCCCAGAUGAACCAGGAGGCUCCUGUCAGCCUUGCCUCUGCAAUGGCAAUCUGGAUUUAUCAGACGCGAGAAGCUGUGAUCCCCUGACUGGUGCUUGUCUGACCUGCAGGGAGGGAUUCGGCGGGGAGUAUUGUGAGAGAUGUUCUGAAGGAUACUUUGGGGAUGCUAUUAUAGCCAAAAACUGUCAAGCCUGUCAAUGCCACAGCAAUGGUUCAGUGUCUGAGAUUUGCGACCCACAGACGGGGCAGUGCGAGUGCAGACAGCACGUGGUUGGGAGGCAGUGUGAUGAAUGCAUGCCCAACUGUUGGUGGGACCCCGAAAAGCUGGUUUGUAUGCCCUGCAGCUGCAGCUCUGUGGGGUCCAUGUCUUCGCGCUGUGAUUUGAUGGGGAGGUGUAUCUGUAAGCCUGGCUUCGUUGGGAAGCGCUGUGAUCUCAGGAGGCAGAGCUAUGGGCGCAGGGAGACCCGCCGUCCCGUCCUCCAGGUGCCGUUUGAACAGGCACAGCGCUGGGGGUCGAGCAGGACAGGGGGGUGUCCGCGGGGGGCCUACCGGCCCUCCAGUCCCCCUGGCCAAGGGCCCACUACCUUUGAUCUGCAGCCCUCUAGGGGAUGUGUACCCUGUAACUGCAACUCCUUCGGUUCCAAAUCCUUUGACUGCGACGAGGGCGGUCAGUGUAGGUGCCAGCCAGGAGUGAUGGGACAAAAAUGUGAUCGCUGUGCCACUGGGUACUACCACUUCCAGGAGGGCGGCUGUAUACCAUGCCAAUGUCCACAUGUUGGUAACAACUGUGACUCAAACACUGGCCAGUGUAUCUGUCCCCCAAACACUGUGGGUGAGAGGUGUGACAGGUGUGCUCCAAAUUACUGGGGUCACGAUAUCGUCAGUGGGUGUAAGCCUUGCAACUGUAACCUAGUGGGGUCCCUGACCCUGCAGUGCAACCCCGAUACUGGCUGCUGCUUCUGUCGUGAGCAGUUCACUGGGGAGAAGUGCUCUGAGUGCAGGCUGGGCUACAGAGAUUUCCCACAGUGCACUGCCUGCGACUGCUCCAUGGCCGGCACAGCUCCUCAAAGCUGCGACGCAGAAAUGGAAUUGUGCUCUUGUACCGACAGGACUGGACAGUGCAGCUGCAAGGCAAAUGUGGAGGGGCUUCACUGUGACAGAUGUAGGACAGGCACUUUUGGACUAAGCACAAGAAACCCACUGGGCUGCAGCAACUGCUACUGCUUUGGCUUGACUACUAAGUGCACAGAAGCCAAGGGACUUAUUCGUAUGUGGCUGACACUCAAACCAGACCAGAUGGUGCUUCCUCUUGUGGACAAGGAAAAUCAGCAAACAACCACCUCUGGAGUGACCUUCCAGCACCCUGAGAUUGUGGCCAAUGCAGACACCGUGUCCAGGGAGCUUUCUGAACCUUAUUAUUGGAAACUGCCCAAGCAAUUCCAGGGAUCAAUGAUUACCGCCUAUGGUGGCAAGCUCAAAUAUGCAAUUUACUAUGAGGCAAGAGAUGAGACUGGACGCUCGACCUAUGAGCCCCAGGUGAUCAUAAGAGGUGGUCCCAAGAAGGACAAAGUGAUCGUGCUCCACAUGCCUGCCUUGCAAAUUGGCCAAUUAACCCGGCAUGAGAUAGACAUGACAGAGCACAACUGGAAGGACUAUGAUAGUGCUGGGAGAAGCAUAACCCGAGAGGCCUUCAUGGACGUUCUGUUCCACAUCGAGUACAUUCUGAUCAAGGCCUCUCAUGGAAACUUGAUGAGACAAAGCAGAAUCUCUGAGAUUUCUCUGGAGGUAGCUGAAGAAGGUGAAAUCUCCAUUGAGAGUGAACGUGCUCACCAAAUAGAGAAGUGUGAAUGUCCUCCUGGUUAUUCUGGAUUUUCCUGUGAGGAGUGUGCUGCAGGGUACUACCGUUCCUCUGCUAGAGCGAGUGACAGAAUGUCGAGAUCCAGCCUUGGGAGCUGUGUUCAGUGUCAGUGCAGCGGCCACAGUGACACCUGUGACCCUGAAACCUCUGUCUGUCAGAGCUGUCAGCACCACACAACAGGCGACCGCUGUGAGGUCUGUGCUCCAGGGUUCUAUGGGAUAGUUCGAGGAUUUCCUGAUGACUGCCAUCCUUGUGCCUGCCCGCUGUCUGCUCCCGAAAACAAUUUCAGUCCAACCUGUGUAAUGGAGGGGUUUAAUGAUUACCGGUGCACUGCCUGUCCUCUUGGAUAUGAAGGAAAGCACUGUGAGAGGUGUUCCCCUGGUUUCCACGGUAACCCCCAGAGUCCCGGAGGCUCUUGUCAGGAAUGUAAGUGUGACCCGGUCGGCACUUUGCCAGAGCCGUGUGACCCACUCACCGGACAGUGCCGGUGCAGACCAGGAGCCACCGGACUGACCUGUGACCGAUGCAUGAAGCGGCAUGUGUGUGAUGCUGUGGGGAUCAUCUCUUGUGAUGAUGACUGUACAGGACUUCUUCUAAAUGACUUAGAUAACCUUGGAAGAAUGGUUAUGAGUGUAAACCUUACUGGCCCCCUACCUCCACCGUACAAAAUUCUUUACAGAUUUGAAAAUAUGACACAGGAGUUAAAGUAUUUGCUAUCACCCCAAAGAGCACCAGAGAGACUACUCCAGCUGGCUGACAGUAAUCUGGAAACACUGGUUACAGAGAUGGAUGAGCUUUUAAGCCGGGCAAACAAGGUAUCUGCAGAUGGUGAACAAACAGAUGCUGAUGCAGAAAGAACUCACAAAAGGGCAGAAGACUUAGAUACAUUUGUGAAGAAUGCGUUACAAGCUGCUGAAGCCUUGAAAGACAAAGCUAAAAAACUUAAUGAAACUCUUGGCAUCCGAAAUGGAGUCCCUGAGAAAAGUAUUCAGGAGAUGCACAAAGAUAUUGAGAAGAUGCUGGUGGAACUUCGGAGGAGAAAAUUGAGUGAACAGAAGCAAAUAGCAGAAGAGGAAUUAGAUGCUGCUCAUACCCUUCUACAAAAAGUGAAGAGGGUUUUUGGUGACCCACAUCAAGCAACCACGGACCUUAAACUGGAGGUGACAAAUAAACUGACAGAUUAUAAGAACAAGCUGGAUGACGCACAGGAUCUGCUGAGAGAAGCACAGAGGAAAAUCCGGGAGACUAAUGCCUUAUCUGCUGUGAACCAGAGGAACAUGACUGCCUUGGAGAAAAAGAAAGAGGCUGUUAGCGGAACAAAGAAGAACACCGAUGAUGUCCUAGCUGAAGGGGAACGUAUCCUUGCAGAAGCAAACCUGCUCUUAGAUAACAUCAAUCAAGAAAUCGAGGACCUGGAGGAAAUAGAGAGGGACUUGGGGCCUCUGCACGAUCAACUGGAUUAUAAAGUCAGUGAGCUGACCAAAGGCUUGAAAGAAAAAAACCUCCCAGAGCUGAUUCUUGAGGCUGAGAACCAUGCUGCUCAACUCAACGACUCCUCAAGCAUUUUGGAUGGCAUCCUAGCAGAAGCUAAAAAUCUGUCAUUUAAUGCCACGGCGGCUUUCAAAGCUUACAGCAACAUUAAAGAUUUUAUUGAAGAAGCUGAGAGGGUUGCUAAGCAAGCAAAGGCCCAUGGCACUGAAGCUGUGCAACUGGCCUCCAGUCCUAAAGGCUCUUUGAAGGAUAGCGCCAAAACGUCUCUUCAGAAGAGCUUCAGGUUGUGGAAUGAAGCUAAGAAGUUAGAUAACGAAGUGAAAGAAAAUGUUGAGGAUGUUGAUCGUCUUCAGUCCAGAGUAAAAGCAGCUGGAAUGAAGAACAGAGAUUUGUUAAGAAGUCUAAAUGACACUUUUGGAAAGCUACGUGCAAUCCCCAAUGACACAAGCUCAAAGUUACAAGCAGCCAAAGACAAGGCCAGAAAUGCCAAUGAUACAGCCAACGAUGUUCUUGCUAGAAUCAAAGACAUCAACUUGAAUCUUAUUGGACUGCAGAAAAACUACAGCAAACUGAAGGAUGAUGUGGACAAAGCCAAUGCUAUUAUCCAAGAUCCUGCAAAGAACACAAUAAUUAAUGCAGCUAGCAACAAAGUCAAGGAUUUGGAGGAGGAGGCUGACCGACUUCUUGAAAAGCUGAAACCUAUCAAGGAACUUCAAGAGAAUCUAAAGAAAAACAUCUCUCAGAUCAAAGAAUUGAUAAAUCAGGCCAGAAAACAAGCAAAUUCAAUUAAGGUGUCUGUCUCAUCGGGAGGUGACUGUAUCCGAACAUAUCGACCUGAAAUCAAGAAGGGCAGAUACAACACCAUUGUCCUCAAUGUGAAAACGGCUGUUCCUGAUAAUCUUCUCUUUUAUCUAGGCAGUGCCAAAUUUACUGACUUUUUGGCCAUAGAGAUGCGGAAAGGCAAGGUUAAUUUCCUGUGGGAUGUAGGCUCAGGCGUGGGGCGUGUUGAAUAUACAGACCUGGUCAUCAGUGACCAGAACUGGUACAGGAUUGAGGCAUCACGGAUUGGGCGCAAUGGUACGGUUUCCGUUCGUGGCCUAGAGGGGCCCACGGCUUCAAGCAUGCCCACCACGAACAGCGCCGUCUCACCUGAAGGCUACACUAUUCUGGAUGUAGAUGAAAACGCUUUCCUCUUCGUUGGUGGUAUAUUGGGAAAAAUAAAGAAGGCAGAUGCUGUUAAAACCACCACGUUCACUGGCUGCAUGGGAGAGACAUACCUGGAUAACAAACCCAUUGGACUGUGGAACUACAGGGACAGACAAGGCAACUGUAAAGGAUGUGUAGUGAGCCCACAGUCUCCUGACACUGAAGGUACAGUGCAGUUCGACGGAGAGGGAUAUGCUGCUGUGAGCCGUCCGACUCGCUGGAAUCCCAAUGUCUCCACCAUUAUGUUCAAGUUCAGGACCUUCUCUACUAACGCCCUCCUGAUGUACUUUUCUACAAAAGACAUGAAAGACUUCAUGAGCGUGGAGCUGGCUGAAGGCCGCGUGAAGCUCAGCUACGAUCUUGGCUCUGGGGCAGCUUCUGUGACUAGUCUUCAGCGUCACAAUGAUGGAAAAUGGAAAUCAUUCACCAUGGCAAGAAUGCAGAAACAAGCUAAUGUAACCAUUGUGGACAUAGACAGUGGUGAAGCUGAGAAGAUUGUGGCAGUUUCUGGAGGAGCAAGCUCAGGUCUUAAUCUGAAGGAUGAUGAGAGGAUUUAUUUUGGUGGUUUGCCAUCCUUAAGGAACUUCAGUAUGAAAGCCAGAGCUGAGGUGACUUUGAAGAAAUAUGCAGGUUGUCUUAAAGACAUUGAAGUUUCUAGAACACCCUACAAUUUAUUGAACAGCCCAGAUUACACUGGAUUGACAAGAGGAUGCACUAUUGAGAAUAUCCAUACUCUUAACUUUCCCAAACCUGGGUUUAUGGAAUUGAAACCAUUUUCCUUUGAUGUGGGAACUGAAAUAACACUGUCAUUCAGCACCAAGAAUGACAAAGGCAUCAUCCUGUUCGGUAGUGGUGGUGUUCGUGUUCCACCCAGGAGAAAACGCAGGCAGACUGGACAGCCCUACUUUGGAGUUCUCUUGAACAAAGGAGUUCUUGAAGUAACAGUUUUUACUGGAACCCGAAACCCACGCAGAGUGAUAAGGAAACCCGAAGAAGGAAUUCUUCAUGACGGCAGAGAACAUUCCUUAAGAAUCGAAAGAAUAAGGGGAGGAUUCACAGUGCAGGUGGAUGAAGAAAACAAGUUUGAACAGACCCUACCUAAUGACCAGCCUAUAAGCAUCAGAAAGCUCUUCGUUGGUGGCAUCCCCCCUUACAUUGAGGCCAGCACUCAGAGGAACAUCCCCUUUGAAGGAUGCAUAUGGGACCUCGUCAUCAACACCAUCCCUGUGGAUUUUGCGCAGCCAGUGUCUUUCGAGAACGCCGAGAUCGGGCAGUGCCCCACCAUGGCCGUGCCCCGCAGGCCUCUCCUGGAAGAGACCACAGGAAUUCCCCACUUCGCUGCCAUACCACCUACACCUGCUCGGACCACAGCGGCCCCCGCCAGGCAGCCGCCGACCCCGCCCCCUGAUUCCUUUGUAGCCGAGUUCAGGAGCGCCAGCCUUGCUAUUGACCUUGACUCCACACCGGUAUCAUGUGCUGCUCAACCAGAUUCUGUGACGUUAAUGAAUGCAAAACAGUUUGGUCUUUCGAGAAACAGCCACGUGGCUCAAGCAUUUGAUGAUACAAAGGUUAAGAGCAGACUAAUAAUUGAGUUUGAGAUCCGGACGGAGGCUCAGGCAGGGCUGGUGUUCUACGUGGCCAGAAUAAACCAUGCAGAUUUUGCAACAGUCCAGCUGAAGAAUGGAAUAGCCCAUCUGAGUUAUGAUCUUGGAAGUGGAAAUACAUCUGUCAGUGUGCCACGGAUUAUCAACGAUGGACAGUGGCACAAGAUAAGGGUUCUAAGGGAGAAGCAAAGAGCGAUACUAACAGUCGACAACCGUUUUUCAAAACACACAACAAGCCCCAAAAAAGCAGAUAUACUUGAUGUUGUUGGCUUGAUAUACAUAGGAGGACUUCCUCUGAAUUAUACGACAAGAAGAAUUGGUCCCGUGGUGUACAGUAUCAAUGCUUGCAUAAGGAAUUUCAAAAUGCUGAAUUCUAUGCUGGAUUUGGACAAUCCUACCUCUAGUUACAAUGUUGGAUCUUGCUAUGUCAACGCUCAGAAAGGAACUUACUUUGAUGGCACAGGGUUUGCCAAAGCAGUGGGUGCAUAUAGAGUUGGCACAGAUCUCUUAAUAGAGCUUGAAUUCCGCACCUUCAAAAACAGUGGCAUCCUUCUGGGAAUAAGCAGUCAAAAAAUGGAUGGAUUGGGUAUUGAACUAUUUAAUGGAAAAGUGCUCUUCCAUGUCGACAAUGGGGCUGGACGAUUUACAGCAGUAUAUGAGCCUGACGCGAAGAGCAGUCUCUGUGAUGGUCAGUGGCACACAGUGGUAGCCAGUAAGCUGAAACAUCGCCUUGAGCUCACUGUGGAUGGCCAGAAAGUAGAAAGCCAAAGUUCUAAUGUCCAGUCGACAUCAGCGGACACAAACGACCCUGUUUUCGUUGGAGGAUAUCCUGAUGGGCUGAAGCAGUUUGGGUUGACCACUAAGACACACUUUAAGGGAUGCAUCCGCAACAUGAAACUAGCAAAGGGCUCCAAGACGGAGGAAAUCCUCUUUGACAAGGCACUGGAGCUACAUGGAGUGCAGCCCCUGACAUGCCCUUCAGACUGAUCUCAGACCUGCUUUAUUUUAGAAAAAGAGCCUGCUGGAAUGGAAUUUAAAGUAAACAAAAAUAAAAUACAAAUACCGUACAUGAAAUUGUGUGUUAACUAAGUUUGUGGCUUGAUUGUAUCAGUGGUGUUACGUUCUAAAAUGUAGUAUUUAGAUUUAUGAAGUUGGAUUAGAACAGCUAAGUGAAAAAUAUUGGAAAUCUAACAGAUCCAUACAGUAUAAGGUGUAUCUUUUAUACCAAAUUACCUUCCUAAAAUGGAUCCAGCGGGUGUUUGUAUGUAAGCAUUUGUAUUGUAGAAUGCAUGGUGUGAUUAAAACACUGUAUUAUGAAUGCAGCUUUGAAAAUAUAUCUCUUCAAUUAAA